AUGCCUCCGAGACGUGAGAAUAACCUUGCUAGGGAGAUUGUAGCGGCACUUGCGGAGUCGAAUCUUUUGAAUUCAGCAUUUAGGGCUAACACGAAUAACCGUGCCAUGGAAGCGAUGAGGGCGUUUCGCCGUAUGAAACCACCAGAGUUUGAUGGGGAGAGUAGCGAUCCUCUUGUGGCUGACCAUUGGCUUGCACAAGUUUGUAAAAUUUUUAACGCUCUUCGGAUUACUGAAGAUGACCUACGAGUGAGUAUUGUGGCCAUUCAACUUACUGGCGAGGCGAAUGAGUGGUGGGAAUCGGUUUUAGGAGCAAGAAGAGACGCUAGGAGAAUGACAAGGGUGGUUAAUCGAAUAAAUGAACCUGAUGUAGAGAACCUGACUUGGGCUGAGUUUGAAGAACUCUUUGAGAAUCAAUAUUUUCCAGAAACGUAUCGCGACCAACUUAGAGAACAAUUCGAGAAACUAGAACAAGGUAAUAUGACCGUCUCCGAAUAUGCUACGAAAUUUCAGUCUUUGUCCCGUUUUGCGCCGGAAUUAGUGGCGUCAGAGGAAAGGAAGUGUAGGCGUUUUGAGAAGGGAUUACACCCAUACAUUAAGUUGUUGGUGGUGAGCCAGCGCAUUGGAAGGUUUUCUGAGAUUGUCGAAUGUGCAAGGAGUGUUGAGAAUCCAGUGGGUGUGCAAGGAGAAUUGAACGUGUGGGAACCUAAGCAAUCGACCGCUAGUGCAAGUUUGCCUUCGGGAAGUUCUGGGAGCCAAGGGAGGAAGAGACAACGGGAACCACCUCAAUCAUUUCACGUUCAGCAGAGUUUUGGACCACUUACUUCAUCGGGAAGUCAUGGAGUUUCUAUCAAACCGCAAAUAGUGUGCCAUCGGUGUGUUGUUGUUCGAUUCAAAUUCACUUGUGUAGUUGGUCUCUGUGAUGUUCAAACUUGUAGCCUUCGUGGUAGUCCCUUGACUCUGAAAAGCAAUAAGAAGGUCAUGAUCGGUUAUUUCUAUGUUCCUCGGUACGUUGAGUUGGUUGUUUAG